AUGCAAUUCAUUCAAAUUCUUUUAUAUUUAACUUUAUCUUUACAUGUCAUAUCCCAACCACUUCUUCUAUCUGAUUCAUUAGCAAAAAGAAGAAGUAGUGGUCAUUCCAGUCUGGGUAGUCACUCUAGUCAUUCUAGUCUGGGCAGUCGAGGUAGCUCAAGUGGGUCAAAAGGUGGUUCAAGUGGGUCUUCAAGUGGGUCUUCAAGUGGGUCUUCAAGUGGAACUAAAGGUGGUUCUGGCAGUUCUAGUGGCUCCACUGGAUCUAGUGGUACAAGAGGUGGCAGUAGCAGUUCCAGCAGCAGACGAAACUGGGGUAACAAUCAAUACCAUUGCAGUGGAUCCAGAUGUGGGUAUGGUAAUUAUUAUGCACCUAGUGCUGCUGCAGCAGCAGCUGGAUACGGUACAGCAAGAUACCAUGCUGGUCAUUCUUCAGGAAACAGAACUUCCAAUUCAACCAGCAGUAGUGCCACAUCUUCAUCACCUGCUGGUAUGUUACAAGUCCCAACGGUCUACUGGAUUGGUUUGGGUGCUAUCGGUGCUAUCAUUUUAUAA